UGUCGAGACGACAUCAAUUCUUUGCAACUAUAUAUAGAGGGCUCUCCUCCAAAAGGCCCAACCAAUCCCGCAUUAAAAUUUUAGUUCCUCUCUGUUUCUUUUAUCAUUCGCAUAAACCAUUUUGCCUCAAAAAGGCUUAAAAGCUCUCGGCUCUGUCUCUUUGUCUCUUUAUCUCUAUUCCGCACAAAACCAAUUUACUCUUCUCUGGAGUGAUGUGUAAUUUAACACCAUCUUCUUCUUCAAAAACCAAUUUACUCUGCUCUGGAGUGAUGUGUAAUUUAACACCAUCUUCUUCUUCUUCCUUAUUAUCAUCUAACGACAAAACUCAUUUAUCAAUACUCGAAACCUGUAAUUCAAACCAUCCUCAUUAUACCGAAUUCACCGAUAACGAGUCUCUGAACCUUAAUAGAUGGCCAACUUUUUUUGAGGGCUUAGAGGAAGUGAAGGCGAUCGGACGAAUCUCUGUUCCGACUGCGAUGACCGGACUUCUUAUGUACUCAAGAGCAUUAAUAUCGAUGUUGUUCCUCGGCUACCUCGGGGAGCUUGAGCUAGCCGGAGGAUCUCUCUCCAUCGGCUUUGCCAAUAUCACCGGCUACUCCAUCAUCUCCGGCUUAUCCAUGGGGAUGGAACCAAUCUGCGGGCAGGCCUACGGUGCUAAACAAAUGAAGCUUUUAGGGCUAACCCUUCAAAGAACCGUCCUUCUCCUCCUAUCAUGUUCGGUUCCGAUCUCAUUCUCUUGGCUCAACAUGAGACGAAUCCUCUUGUGGUGCGGCCAGGACGAAGAGAUUUCCUCCGUUGCUCAAAAGUUCCUUCUUUUCGCAAUCCCUGACCUCUUCCUCCUCUCUCUGCUUCACCCUCUCCGUGUUUACCUCCGAACACAAAACAUUACAUUGCCCGUGACUUACUCUACGGCCGUGUCCGUUCUCCUUCACGUUCCUUUAAACUUUAUCCUUGUGGUGAAGCUCGAGAUGGGAGUCGCCGGAGUCGCCAUGGCUAUGGUCUUGACUAAUCUCAACCUUGUAGUCCUCUUAUCUUCUUUUGUGUAUUUCACAUGCGUGCAUAGUGAUACGUGGGUCCCUCUAACUAUUGACGCAUUUAAAGGUUGGUCGUCUUUGCUAUCACUUGCCAUACCCACUUGUGUAUCUGUUUGUUUAGAGUGGUGGUGGUAUGAGUUCAUGAUCAUUUUGUGUGGACUUUUGGCUAACCCAAGAGCCACCGUUGCUUCCAUGGGAAUCUUAAUCCAGACAACGGCUUUAAUCUACGUCUUUCCAUCAUCACUUAGCCUCGGUGUCUCGACCAGAAUCAGUAACGAGCUUGGGGCUAAACGUCCUGCGAAAGCUCGUGUAUCCAUGAUAAUUUCUCUCUUCUGUGCGGCCGCCUUAGGCCUAAUGGCAUUGGUGUUCACAGUGCUGGUUAGACACCGAUGGGGACGCUUGUUCACCACGGAUGCAGAUAUUCUUGAGCUGACUUCAAUGGCAUUGCCCAUAGUGGGCCUAUGUGAACUCGGGAACUGUCCUCAGACGACUGGUUGUGGGGCUUUGAGAGGCUGUGCAAGACCAACACUUGGUGCCAAUAUAAAUUUGGGUUCUUUUUACUUUGUGGGCAUGCCCGUGGCUAUUCUCUUAGGGUUCGUUCUCAAACUAGGGUUUCCGGGUCUCUGGUUUGCGUUGCUUGCGGCUCAAGCGACAUGCGCUUCUCUCAUGUUGUGUGCACUCUUGAGAACAGACUGGGAAGUCCAAGCAGAGAGAGCUGAAGAACUGACAUCACAAACACCAGGAAAGACGACUCCUGUCCUCCCGGUCGCCAGGACAAAGAGCUGUUCUGGACCCGGUACAAAUGAUAUGAUGAGAACCAUGUUGGUUUAGAUUGAUAGCUAUUCUUUGGAGCCAUUUGCCUUCAACGUUGACGUACAUAUGUUCCUGUCAAAACAUCAUUUUUUGGAGUUUAUAUUACUCCUUAAUUUUUACUUUUUGUUUCAAUAACGAGUUUGUUUUGUGGGCUUUAUUGGUGUUUGUGUUAUCUAUGGUUGUAUGGAUGUAGUAGCUUUAGCUUUGACGUUAGCAGUUUGUACUAUAUUUGUAAUAACUCAUUUUGGUUUGAUUAUAUUUAUCCUUGUCCGUUUUCUAGGACAAGAUGUUGUAUUGGUUAGUGGAGCUAAGAAUAAAUUAUAAAUGAAAAAAAAAAAACACUCCACUACGUACAGCUUCAAGACUAGGCC